AUGGAAACUAUGCGUUGGGUGAGAAACCAACUCUCGUCUCCAGCCAUAGGCAUUUCGUAUACAGAAGUAGCUCCCAAUUUUGCCCCAACAAAGGACGGAAGCCGGCAGGAGAUCGAUUGCAAAGGGCCCCUCCCGCUUGCCCAGGAUCAGUGGCUUGCAUUUGAGCAGCUAUCGGCCGUGGACUGGUUCCGACGUCUUUGGACGUUCCAGGAAAUAGUCUUGGCAAAUCAAGAAGCAUCGAUUGUGAGGUUAGGCGACGAUGAAAUGUUAUUGAAUAGGUUUAUUGAAGCGACCCUGUUCAUAUGUUUCAACAAAUGGUCGGCAUCACAACCGUUCUUCGUUGAUCUGGCCAGGCACACCAUAGAUAUCAAGGUCUUUUGUAACAAGGCUGUGAGUGGUAGGAACGCUGAGCUGAUCGGCAGGGACAAUACCGACUGGGCUUUUCUGUUACCGGCGACGAAAUUUUAUGAUUGCUCUGAUAUUCGGGACAAACUCUAUGCGCUUCGAGGGUUUCUUGAACCUGAUACUGCCCGAUCAAUCCCUGUAGACUACACCAAGUCUGCCAGGCAAAUUCUUGCUUCAGCUUGCGUCAGUCACCUGAAGCAGAGACGAAAUCUUCAAUUUCUGGAACUCUGUAACUCGACCAUAUCUCCCAGCUGGGUUGUGGACUUACAAAAACCCCUGGGCCUCCUACAGCUCUUCAGUAACGCAAGUGCAAGAUCUGCCGCUUCAGCGAGGUUGAUAAAGACUGGAUUAUUAGAGGUAGCGGGCGUUCCUUGUGAUGAAAUAUGCAACAGUAUAAUGGAUCUACCCCCGAGAGAAGAUUACGAACUACUAGAGGACUACAUCACCAAUGUUCUCAAGGUGUUCCGAAACCUCACAGGCAAAGAUUACUUUUAUCGAGACGAUAAAUGCCUCAACGAGCUGAUAGCCAUGGUGACAUUUGGUAACCUUUUGGAUCACAGUACAUUAAGAACUGAAUCUACUCCUUCUUGGACAACAAUCUCCCUGGAAAUUGGACGACAAAUGAUACGUCAGUGGAUUACAGGCAACGCCAUCUCGGACGAUUAUUUCAGUAUACCAUAUAAUCACAGGAGUGCUGUGGCAACCGCUUGCACAAUAACGCGCCAUGGCGCCCUCGUGUGCGUCCCUUUAGACAGCUGCGACGGUGAUAUAAUAGUAACUCUGCUUGGCCUGUCCAGCAACUUGGUUCUCCGCCCUCAGCCAGAAGAUGGAUCCUACAAGGUCGUUGGACCGUGCUAUCAUCCGGGAUUUUCUGACGGCCAGGCCUUACUCGGUGAUGACUUUCACGGCUGGGAGAAAUUGUGGUGUAUCAACACAUGGACUCUUGCAUUUUGGAAGGAGGGUGAGCCUCUAAGUUUUUCAGAUCCACGGCUUGACGGGGUUCCGUUGCCCAUUGGACACGAACAGUACCAAGAGCUGUUCAGCGUCGCUCAGGCCCUCUCCGGUCCGGGAAGCACCAAGAUGCUGUACUGCAUCAACUUGAUCCAUGGCGGAGUACUCGAAGCUAUCUUUGCGUUUCUUAUUUGGAGCUUACCUGGUUGCUUUGGCAUGUUUGGCCUCUCAAUUGGCGUCUCCAACAUCGGCGACACUCUACCUCGCGCGGUAUACGCCCUCCUAUCAGGUCUGAACGCCGCGACAGUCGGGAUCAUCGCCUUAGCAGCAGUUGAGCUUUCAGACAAAGCAAUCACGGAUCAACCUACUAGACUGGUCUUGUCAAUCACAGCCGCUGCCGGAAUGCUGUAUAAUGCUCUCUGGUACUUCCCUGCGCUCAUUGUUGCAGGCGGAUGUUGCAUUGUCAUUUACGACUACCGCUGGCUACACCGUCCGGUUCGAGCUGUCAAGAACACUAUUCUUCGGGUGAGGAGAGGAAGGCCUACCGGAAAUGAGAACACCCAGGGCGCUGAGAAUGGAACGGGCAACGUCAAUAGUUCAACAGUUGCUCUUCGCGAACAGGAAUCUACCGAGCAGAGAGAUGGCGAACCUAGAGUCGUACCCCAGGAAUAUCGCCUCAACUUCUCAUGGAAAUCCGGCACCGCGAUCAUCGCAGUGUUCCUUGUCAGCUUCAUCGUCGUCAUUGUCCUACGAGCCACACUGACCGAUGCACCACUCCUCUACAAGCUCUUUGCAAAUUUGUAUCUCGCUGGGACUAUCAUCUUUGGAGGUGGUCCUGUCGUCAUUCCCCUGCUUCGCGAGUACAUCGUCGCUGAGGGUUGGGUUACACCGCGUGACUUUCUCAUUGGUCUAGCUAUAGCCCAAGCUUUCCCUGGACCAAACUUUAACUUUGCUGUGUUCCUGGGUGGCCUUACAGCUGCGAACAAUGGAUAUCCUGCCAUUGCGGGAGCGCUGAUUGCCUACCUCGGUAUAUUUGUCCCCGGUAUGGUUCUCGUUCAUGGAACAAUGGGUGUAUGGGGAGUUUUGAGAUCUCGACGUUGGGUUAAGUCUGCGGUGCGAGGCAUCAAUGCCGGUGCUGUUGGAUUGAUCUACACGGCUGUCUAUAGGAUUUGGCAGGUUGGAUAUAUAGAUCAGGGCUUCCAGUCUGGCAAGAGUCUUGCUGACGAUCCUUGGUGGGUUGUUGUUACUGCAACGGCUUUUGUGGGAGGACGAUUCUUUGGUGUCGCACCGCCGUUGGCGAUUCUACUUGGUGCUUCGUUGGGGUUGCUGAGGUAUGGCAUUGUUACAGCAUGA